AACCAGGGGCGGACUGACAACUCACGGGGCCCCCGGGCAAUAGGGGCUCAUGGUGCCCCUGUGUUCUUGCCCAAACUCAAAAAAGUCUAUGAAAAAGGUACCAGGGACAUUUCAUGGGGCCCCCUACUGACCACGGCCCUUGGGCAGUGCCCGAGUGCUCGAAUGGUCAGUCCGCCCCUGCUCUACAGGGGAUUCAAGGAUAAACUCAAGCACUAACACUAGUUAUAUUUAAAAAUAUAUAAUGUAUAAGCAUGCUUUUAAUGAAUAAAUAACUGUGUUGUUUUAAAAAUCAACCUGUAGUUCAGCUUUAAGCUAUUCUUUCUUUUGCACAAA